UGUUUAAUGACUGUAGCUGACUGUAGCUGACUGUAGCUGUAUAUGAAAAAGACUAACUUGUCAAUUUAAUGUAGAGGUCUUAUCUCGAUGGCCCGCUAUAGGUGAUAACAGAUGUCUUUUUAUCGUACGUUCAAAAGAUUCGUAUAGAGAUGUUGACAUAUUUGAUUUCGUAAUGCUACACGCUAAAUACAACGAUCCUACUACCACAUUAUAAAAUGGCAACAUUUUGGUCAGGAAGACCUGGUUGGUUCGGAAAAGUAGGAAUAGCGGUAUUAGCUACAUGGCUUUUGGUACUAAUUAUAUCGGUAUCCCAUAUCUUUAAGGCUAAUAAUUUAUCGUCUAAUAGCGAGAGUCCUACGAACAAAGAAAAUGCUCAACGUUUAGCGCAAAUGGUUAAUGAUUUUGAAAUUCUUAAAAGACAAAACGAGGCAUUAAAAAAUAUAGUCCUUGGAGAAAAGUCAAAAUCCGUUCAAGGAGAUCAUUUAGGUUCCAUACACGAAAAACUUGACAAGGUUUCACUUUACGACGACUUGUUGGAUCGUCAAGAUAAUACCAAACAUGGUGUCCCUUCUGCAGAGUAUGAAGAACUACGACGAAGGAUAAGGAAUAAUAUACAAGAAACCUGGUAUUAUGUUAGCGCAGAGCUAAAUAAGCUUAAGAAAACUUUUGUUAAACUAAGCCACGAACAAAGAGAGAAAAAAAUCCAAGAUACAUUGGAAAAUGUUUGGGAUUAUAAAAAAUCUCUUACAAUAGACAUUGAUAGAUUGACAAAAGUAGACGGCUAUAAUGAAUGGCGUAAGAAAGAGGCAAAAGAUUUGUCUGACCUUGUGCAAAGAAGAUUCAGGUAUCUACAAAAUCCUAGUGAUUGCAACAAAGCAAGAAAGUUAGUAUGCAGUCUAAACAAAGGUUGUGGAUUUGGGUGUCAGAUCCAUCAUAUUACAUACUGCUUCUUGGUUGCUUAUGGCACGGAACGGACAUUAAUAAUCAAAUCUAAGGGUUGGAGAUAUCAUAAAGAUGGCUGGGAGUCUGUUUUUAAACCGCUCAGCGAAACGUGUUUAUCUACGACUGGAGUAUCACAUGCCAAUUGGCCUGGCGAUUCUUCUAAGCAAGUAAUUUCUUUGCCAAUUGUGGAUAACGUUUAUCCAAAGCCAAGGUAUCAACCGCCAAGCGUGCCCGCUGAUUUAGUUCCCAGAUUAGAGAAACUUCAUGGCCAUCCGUUAGUGUGGUGGGUGGGUCAAGUUCUGAAAUAUCUAAUGCGACCUCAAGAACACGUGAGAAAAACAUUAGACUAUGCAAAAGAAAGACUCGGUUUUAAGAAACCUAUCGUCGGAAUACAUGUACGAAGAACGGAUAAAGUUGGAACCGAAGCCGCUUAUCACGAUAUAGAUGAAUAUAUGGUGAAAGUUGAGCAUUAUUUUAAUGAACUUGAAACUAUACCAGAAGUGAAAAGAGUUUUUUUGGCCAGUGACGAUCCAAAAGUAAUUACAACAGCAAGGGAUCGUUAUCCAAAUUACGAAAUAAUAGGGGACCCAGAAAUAGCUGAAACUGCAUCGGUAGCAAAAAGAUACUCAGACUCUUCCUUGCAAGGAAUAAUUAUAGACAUACAUCUCUUAUCUGAAUGUGAUUACCUGGUAUGCACAUUUAGUUCCCAAGUGUGCCGUGUAGCAUACGAAUUAAUGCAAACGUAUUAUCCAGAUGCUUAUAAUAGAUUUGCAUCACUGGACGAUAUUUAUUAUUACGGAGGUCAAAAUCCGCAUCCUCAUCAGGCUAUUUUAGAUCACAAACCAAGGAAAAGUGGUGAAAUAGAACUAAAGGUAGGAGAUUCGAUCGAAGUAUUUGGAAAUCAUUGGGAUGGUUACUCUAAAGGAUAUAAUACUAGAACCAGUAUGACGGGUUUGUUUCCUAGUUUUAAAGUAAAAAACCCCGUGGAUGCUGUAGACUUUCCAAAAUAUCCAAACGUUCCAUUACAUGAAAACAAAAACGAGUAGAUACACUUUAAAUAUGUAGUGAUCUUGAAAAUAUUCAGAUUGCUUGCAAAAUAAUGUAACUUGCCUUCGUAUUUAAAUUGUUAAAAGCAGUGAAAGAAAUCAUGAAUAUGUAUAUAUUUUAUUACUAGCAAACGACUGGUUUAAUUUCCACAAACUGAAACUAUCACGAGUUGUGAGAGAAAGAACCAAGUUAUGCUGUUUCUUGAGCGAAUAUACGUACGUUGAAUUUUAAGAAGACCAUACAUAGAUACGUUCGCAAACUAAAAUUAUAAAAAAAAAAACUUUUAAUAUGUUUACGAUCUUCUUACAAAUUUGACUAUAAAUGAACAUUUAUAAAUUUCAAAAUUAAAGAUUUAUAAUGAUAUAGUUUAAUAUUUUUUAUAUAUUUUGAUCGAAGUUAAAAAAUUGUAAUCGUUGUUUUAAUGAGAAAUUUUAUUAUAACGUGACUAUGUCGAAGUAUUAAGCUGCGAGUUUUACUCUUGUUUUAUCUUAUGCAUUUAAAAAAAUAUGAUACAAAUUAAUUACUUUAAUUAAUACGCAAUAUAAAGACAAAGGUUAUGUGUGCCAAUGUAUUUCAUUAUUAAAGCAUUAUGUACAAUAGCAAGCUAAUGUUUUCAAAAUAAGAAAUCUCGUCAUACCGUCAAUUUUUGUAAAUUAAAAUUAGGAACUUCACAUCACUAGUUAAUCUCACAUCUCCUGAUAAGGAUCUGUUACAAUAUAUUGUCAUAACGUACAAUUUGUACAUAAGAUAUGCAAUAUGAAAUCGAUGUACAUGACAAUUUUUUGACGAUACUAGAGCUUAUACAAUGCGCAUAAGAAGUAAUGCAUAAAUUACAUAUGACAAGCAUAAAAUGCAUAGACAUCGAGCUGGGCUUGAGGCCUAUCUUAUACAUUUAAGGAUGUUUCCUGUAUACAUAUUGUAAUAUAUUUUAUACUAUACACCAAUGCAAAUGAGAAUUGUUACUAUAUUAUAAAAUCUGAACUUGGUUUUAAAUAAAUAUUUAAUUCACGAAA